AUGUUUAGGCUUGCGCAAUUGGGAAGGUCAACUCUCACCCCGAGAUUAAACCUACGUUUGGGAGGGGCAUCUAAGUUGCCACUUCAAGCCUGUCGCAGAAACUAUGUCAUUGUUCAUAAAGACUUGUCUAAAACGAAAAAGGAACCAAGAAUCAGGUACAUUUUGUACUUGGUGGCAGUGUCUUGGGUUGCAAUUUGGUUUGUUUCCGGUCAAGUAGACAAGAAGAAACCAAAGCAAUAUAUGACAGAACGUGAGUUUGAGGAAUACGAAAAGAGCACCGGAAUAAAAAGAAGACACAAAUUAAUUGGUCCCGAUUUGAAUUCGAAAUAUAAAUUUUAUGUCAUUCCUUAUAUUUAUUCGGAUGAAGAGUUGGAGAAUAUAAAGUCUAGUUUGCAAAAGGCAGACCCAUCAAGGAAAAUUGUCGUUCUUGAUCCUUCAAAGUUGGUUGCCGAUGAAAAAGCUGAUGAAACGAAGCGAUAUUCAGCCUUGCUCAAUGAUUUGGAUUCCUCACACAAACCAUACCCUCCAGGUUUGAUUACUGCAAUUUUGAAGAACCAUAUCAAUUUUUUAAUGAAUACCAGAGAAGGUACUUUUGACACUAAUUACAUCAUCAAGAAUUAUCCACAAACUACUAGUGAAGCCAUCAAAUUCGAAAAUGAUGUGUCUGAUAUCAGCAGGUGUUUAGUAUUACACUUUGAUAUGUUGAACGAGUUACCAAAGCACAAAAAUGAUGAGGAGGUGAGAAGUAUCAGAAAUGUUGAAGGAUAUUUUGACUCCGUUGGUAAAUCGAAAUCAUUGGUGUCCAAAUUUGAUGAAAUGGAUGCGAAAUUUGAGGAGAUUAUGUUGGAGGAUUACUAG